UGCCGCCGAGCGCGCAGUGUCCGCACGACUGCCGACUCCGACGCAGCAUGCGCCCGCGCACUUCGAUCGCUUCUUGAUUUAAUCGUGAUAAAUUGACAAUCCCUUGCUAACAACGACAUCAUAAAUUAAAGUACUAACGAACUGACAGUGGAAGUAUAGAAGUGGUGUUCAAUUAAUUUUAUCUUGGUGGAAUACCGGGAUUUCGCGCUUAUAAAGCAAAGGUAUUCACCGAUAAAAUGAGUACGACCCUGUGAAUUUCGUCUCUCCAUUGUUUGCAUCAUGAAAAUUACCCUCUAGAAUCUCAAAAUGUAUUUCAAAAUGUCAUCUGGAGGAAGGACAAUGUAUCUCGUGACUGUGUUAGUGCUAGUGAGUGUCGUUGGUGCAAAUGUGAACUCUACGAGUGAAGUGGCAGGGUCGAGGAUGGCUUGGAUGAAGGGUCUGCUGGACCACCAUGACUGGCUGGAGUUGUUUGCCAAGCAAAACUUGGAUCUGCCGAAACAGUGCGACGAAGACCUCAGGACUUACCUUCAGGCGUUAAACGCUGGCGAGCUGUGGGCCUCUAAAAUGUACGAUGCAUCUGGCCAGUACAACCCCAAUAUGCUGUUCGGCAACGAGUUCUGGCUGGGCUCCAUGAUGGAGUGCCGCGACCUGCAGCUGCCGCAGUACUACGACCAGGUGCCGCCCUUCGACGCCGGCUUCUACGUCAUCAGGAUCAACAUCACCAUCGACAGGGAUCACAUACCUACCACCAACAUGCUGUUCGGCAACGAGUUCUGGCUGGGCUCCAUGAUGGAGUGCCGCGACCUGCAGCUGCCGCAGUACUACGACCAGGUGCCGCCCUUCGACGCCGGCUUCUACGUCAUCAGGAUCAACAUCACCAUCGACAGGGAUCACAUACCGCAGGGAAGAACAAUACUGGUGGGCGAGUGCUUACCAGCCUCAUGCGGGGUGGCGUCAGUGGAGCAGGUGGUGAAAGCCGCGGAGGCCGCCGCUGCCGCCCGCGCCGCCGCUGCCGGAUUGUCCGCGUCGCUGCGAACGCUCAACGUGCGGCCUGUGCCUGGGCCUUACGAUGUAUACGCGGACCGCAAGUUCCAGAUACUAGCUUCGGUGGUGCUGCUGGUGGCUGUGCUGAUGGUGUUAGGGUCGUUCUACGAAGGAUACUUGGAGAGGAAAUACCGGCUUCUGCACGAGGCUGAAGACCUUGAGCUGGCCCACGACGAGGUCCACCAUAAACAUCUGAAUAACAAUGUGCCGCUGGCCGAUGGAAAGGCGGUCGCCGACAACAAGGACAAAGACCUUCGCAGGGAAACUUGCGGUAUGCUGGCGGAACUCCUUCUAUCCUUUUCAAUACUGUCAAAUGGACGUACUAUACUCAGCACGCAGAGGCCUAGUGAUGGUGCCCUCACUUGUCUACAUGGAAUAAGAUUUCUAUCAGUGAUGUGGGUGAUCAUGGUGCACACCUACCUGACGGUGUUCUUCAUCGGAGACAACAAGACCAUGCGAGUGGUCACAGAGAGGAACUUUUUCUACCAAUCAGUGGGCAAUGCUUCUUACUGUGUCGAUACAUUCUUUUUCAUCGGCGGGCUGUUAGUGACAGUGCUCUUCCUCCGAAGCGAGGAUCGCAAGAACGCAAGGAGAGCCGAAAAGAAAGACAAGCAAGAUAUAAACAAAAAUAUCAACGGUUUCACCAACUCCGCGCUAUCGAUCUCCGUAAUCAGCCAGCAGUCGUUCAAAGAAGACUUGCUUGACACGAAAGUCAAAAUCUACAGUAAAGGAGAAGUGUUGAGGAUAGUGAAAUCGUUUUUCGUCUUGUUCUUUUACCGGGUGGUAAGACUGACGCCCGCUUACGCCUUUGUGAUUGGCAUUACAGAGGUAUCUCUCAGGUACAUCUACAACCAGUCGGUGUUCGACCCUGCCAUCCCGGACCACAUCACGUGCGACCACUUCUGGUGGAGGAACCUGCUGUACAUCAACAAUCUGUUCACGAACCGCGAGAUGUGCAUGGUCUGGUCAUGGUACAUGGCGAACGACACGCAGUUUUAUGUGGUCGGCAUAAUACUGUUAUUAAUUUCUGUGAAACAUCCGAAACUCGCAGCAAUAUCGCUCGGUAUGGUGCUAUUAAGUUCUUGGGCGACGACGAUCUACAUAUCGGUGUGGCACGAGUACAAAGCGCGGAUACAGGAGCCCUUCGAAAUGUUCGACUCGCUCUACGAUAAACCUUGGUCUAGGAUCGGACCCUAUUUGAUCGGUAUGAUGGUGGGCUGUUACCUGCACAAGACAAAGUGCAAGGUCCGCAUCCCAUACUGGCUGGUGGUGGCAGGCUGGGUUGGGUCCCUGGCCAUCGUCGGCAGCCUGAUCUUCGGCAUGGUGGACGGCUACUUCGAGGUCUGGCCCACGGCCUUCUACGUGAGCGUUGGACACACUGCGUGGGGAGUGGCGGUAGCAUGGGUGGCCAUCGCCUGCUGCUGCGGCUACGGCGGGCUGGUCAACUCGCUGCUCUCGUACCGAGGGCUGCUGCCGCUCAGCCGGCUCACGUACUGCGCCUACCUCGUGCACCCCACCAUCAUGGUCUUCACCUGCUUCAUGCUCGACGGGCCCUACCACCUGCAGAACUCCACUGUGAUCACAACAUACGCCGGUUACGCCGUGCUAGCGUUCCUGGCUUCCUUCGCCAUCUCCAUCGCGUUCGAGGCGCCGGCAGUGCGGAUCAUCAGGAUCAUAAGUGGGGGGCACAAGCACAAGAGCCAGUGAGCACAGGCUGUGGUGAUCAGUGUAGCAUAUCAGGGAUUGGGCCGUGUAUUCACUCGUAACAGCAGAAAAUAUUAUCAUCGUGGUGCUCAAAUGAUUUGAUUUGAUUAAUGUGAAUUUUAGUCACAUUAUGAUAACGUAGCUUUAAUCUGCUUUUAGAUUGGACAACUCAAUUUUUAGAAAAUUAAUCCUCCAGCUACUGAAUAUUCAGAUCACACAAAUAUUCUGAUUCCGCUGUGACUAGCACAAUUAAUUUCUGAAAAUUAUCACACAAUUGUGGGGAUAAGUUAUCUCUGUCUGUUACAAUGCCUGCAGUUGAAUACGCGGCUUAAUAUAAAGUUAAAUUAUAAAGGUUGUGUUUCACACCUCCACAAAUAUUUGUAUAAAUGGGUAGAAUAUAGUCCAGUAGCCUGGGCUGGCCUCAUAAUGAUCUAGUUAAGAUUGAAUUAAGCAUUACCAAUUAAACGGCAAGACAUAGUAAUGACGAAGAUAUUGAUAAAAAAUAUCAUAUGAAAAACAACAAAUCUGUUUACCGAAAAUUAUGACAUUUUGCCACUUCCUAAUACAACUUUAAAUUUUUCAGGAAAAGUAUCCAUGGGAAUAUUUUCUCAAUCAUGGAAAGUAGACUUUGUCUCAAUUCAAGCCCAAUCAAUUUGGUAGAAGAGCCUUUUUAGACUUAAUCUCUUUGCAAACAUCACAAAGAUAAGGUAUGUUAGUGAAAACAAAGACAACUUUACAAUUUGGAAAUAGCAUUCUGUAGUCCAGUUGCCUCAGAGAUGCGCUGGUAUUGCGCAGCUCGUCGUUAACCCAGAUGCUAGGCUGCUCGAAGUUUAGCCAAAAAUUGAGACACUACACAAUUUAUUACGUUCACGUGCGAUGUUGCAGUUAAUUGACUAAACUUUUUAUAACGUGGCUGUUAAUUGGUUUCAAUGGCAUUUCAAGGAAUCGUAUUAAACCAAUGGAACAAUGUAGUACAUUAUGAAAGACUAGACUAUAAAAGAGAUCGGUUUGAAAGUCAUUAAAGGAAAUUAUUAACAAAAUUGUGCCUUAGCUAGAAAGUUAAAAUUCGAUACAUUCAAUUUGCAAAGACCUUAUUUAUUGGUAUAAUAAAGUCAGUAACAUUACCGACUGACACACAUUGAGUACGGCUUGAUAACGUGGUCUGAAAUAUGUAGGGGCAGAUAACAGUGGCUCAUGCCACAUAUCGAUCAUCGCAGUUUACCCUCAUACACUGGGCAGAUACCUUCGGAAUAUCCAAGUAGGAUAUUGAAAAAUGUGGCAAAUCGUAAGACCAAUAUUGUGAUUUAAAUUCAACACGCGUAUAUAGGCCGAAGAUAGCCGUAAGGGAAAUAACAACAUAGAAUGGAUAGAUUUUUUAAUAUUUCCAUAACAAGAUUACUGAAAACUUUAUAAUAUUCAGAACCUUUUACCAGCGUUAAAUAAAAAAAAAAGUAAAUAUGUCAUCUUAUUUAAAAAUAGGUGCUUUAUAAACAACCUAGUCAUUUCCAUCUGAAAUGUAUGAAAAAAUAAAUAAAUGGUUAUAACCUCUUUUCUUCUUGCGACCUGCAAUGAUUUAUUGAG